AUGAAGGUUUCCGCCCUCCGUUUGAGACCUUACAUCUCCCUCGUCUCCAUAUCCGGAUCGAGACUUUCCCAUAUCCCUAUCAUCAUUGUCGUCUCGAGGAGCCAUUGUUAUCGUCUUUAUCUCUGCCCAUCGUCGUCUCCAGAAGCCACCAUCAUCGACUGGAGAAGUCGCUGCCAUCGUCUUCAAUCAUCCUCAUUGUAUGCCCAUCGUCAUCGAUCUAGAUCUAGAUCUGUUGGCAUCAUCUUCAUGUCGUCAUUGUCAUCUCCCCGAGCGUCGGCUCCUCAUCGGAGCUCCGGGAAAGAGACCAAGUCCUGA